GUUUGAUCUGUGCUAUUAGUUUUCUUAACUGACUGAUCCGAAAUGUGUACUGGAUGUAUGCAGAAACAAUAUCCCGACAGGGGUAAUACCUGUCUCGAGAAUGGUUCAUAUCUCAUGAAUUUUCUCGGAUGCGCCAACUGUCACCAGCGGGACUUUGUGCUGAUCAGUGACAGGACGAUCGUGAAUGAAGAUGAGGAGGAGAUUGUCACUUACCUGCAUAUGUGCAAGAACUGUGAUCAUGUCAUAGCCAGACAUGAGUACACCUUCACUGUGGUGGAUGACUAUCAGGAGUACACAAUGUUGUGUAUGCUGUGUGGAAAAGCAGAGGAUUCCAUCAGUGUUCUGCCAGACGAUCCCAGACAAACAGCUCCUCUGUUCUAGAGUAUUUGCACGAUGGAGGGAGCCAUGAAAUAUGCAAUGUAGACACACUGUCACGAUUAAUCCAAUAGGAUAUAUUGCAGAAUGCAUCGUGUUCUUUGUUUCUACUGCUUCAAGAGGUUCACAGUAUGGUUCCGACUCAUAAAGACAUGAGUUUGAGAGUCAUUUACAAAUAUUAUACCUAAUUAUGAGCCAUGGUUCCUUAUGCUUGUGUUCAUCAUGUUUGAUUUGCUCACUCUAUGAAAAGGAAAGUGUGUAUUGUU